AUGAGCGACAAUCACCCUGCUGAACCAGCUUGGCCAUUGGAUGGUCCUCCCAGAGAUCCAUCCUCCACUCCAGCAUUAAAAAACAAUUUGCAAUGGUUGGCACUUGUUGUCCCUGUGGUAGUGGCUGCCAUGAUCUACCUUUGUUUACGAAUCAGGAACAUGCGACGACAACAUAAACAUGCCUCUGAUAAUGAACAAGUGGAUCAAGAAGGAUGGCUUGUACCAUCUUCUGCCAGACGACAUGCAUCUUCCUCCUCAUGUCUUGCGCCUUCUACCACUACUACCACCACUACCCCAUCAUCACACCAUGCCACACGACGUCUUCCUCUUGUACGAUUUUCAGAUCCACUCCUCCAACAACCACCACCAGCAGUACAUUAUCAUCAUCAUCAUCACCAACGUCCAACCCAAUAUAGGACCAGUACUCAUCAUAUAAGACGACAUCAUCAUCGACGACGUACAAGACGUUCACGACCACGAACUCCACCACCAGCAUACCCUGGAUCAUCAUCUCCUCCACCACCCUCUUAUGACGAUGUCGUCGUUAUUCCCAUGGAUGAUAGUCGAGAAAAUGAACCUCUUGCCCAUCUCCAAAAUGCAUUGCUAUCCCAUCAUCAACAUUAUGCAUCCUCGGUUGCUGCACGUUCAUCAUGA